AUGUCGAGCCAAAUGGAGGCAGUGGCCGUGUUGUUGUUUACUUCCUGUUUAGUUCUGACCGUGGAUGUGCUCUGUGCGUCUGCUCAGUUCACAGGAACAGAGAUGCCCUGCGAGGACUUCAGCCCCUCGGCCUCCGCACCCUCCUCAGUUCAUGAGCUCAGGCCUGCAGACAUCAACGUGGUGGCUGCUGUGGGAGACUCUCUGACAGCAGGAACUGGUAUCGCAGGCAACAACAUCCUGGACGUCUUUCGUGAGUACAGGGGUUUGUCCUGGAGCAUCGGUGGAGAUGACAACCUCACCACUGUCACCACUCUGCCCAACAUCUUGAAGUAUUAUAACAGAAACCUGACGGGCUUCUCUGUUGGUAUUGGCAAGGAGGAGACUCCUCAGGCUUUUCUCAACCAGGCUGUGGGAGGAGCCAAAAGCAACACUAGUUUUUACUGUCAGGUCCCUCGAGCUGUGGUGAACCUGAUAGAGCCUCUGCACAUCCUCGGCCUGAGGGAAAUGCACAUGGACCCUUCACUUAAAUGUCCAACUUACCUCAUGGAAAUUAUAUGCCCCUGCGUUGUUUUGCCAAAGGCCAACUCUAAAGCUCUUCAGAUGUUGGAGGACACCAACAGAAUGUAUCAGCGUUCGCUCCAUGAGCUCGUGGAGUCCGGCCUCUACGACACUCGCUCAGACUUCACUGUGGUCAUCCAGCCUUUCCUCAGGGAUAUCAUUCUGCCCAGACUGCCGGAUGGCCGUCCCGAUCGCUCCUUCUUCAGUGCCGACUGCUUCCACCUCACCCAGAAGGCGCAUACGAUGUUAGCUCGCUCCCUGUGGAACAACAUGCUGGAACCUCUGGGCAACAAAACUGCCAUACAAGAUUUUACAACAGAGAUUAACCUGAAAUGUCCAACCAAGACUUCACCAUAUAUUUGCACCUUUAUCAACAGCGAUUACAGAUACACUGGUCCCCCCCCAACACCUGGACCCAUAACAGUAAGCACCCCCCGUCGGAGGAGAGGACGACUAUCGAGGAUUUGAGAAACGAUUUGUUACUAAGUUUGACAACUAUUUAGUGGAAUUAAGCUAAAUUUUCUCCGAAUGUGAAACGACAAUGAAAGAAGGAUUGAUUGAUAUGUUUAUUGAUUGAAAAUAAUCAUCUAAUUUAUCACUUUAAAGCCAUUUAUUAAGGAAAAAUUGCAAUAAUUUCACUUAACUCACAAUAUGAAUUAAGCAAAGUUCACCACUAGUGGACAAGUAGAUUGGAGAAAGGAAUAAAACCUGUGAAAAGCUGUAGACAGGUUUAUAAAUUCUCUGUUGAACCGGCAGUACUGUUUCAGU